AUGACGAUGCAGGAAUUACACAGCGACGAUAACUUGAACUCUGGUGACGGGAAGGCAGAAGUGGAAAUGACAAUUGUCCAACAUCAGAGCGGUGACGACGUUGCCUCCCAUCCUUCGACCAGUUCCGGAAAUAUGCUGGGGGACUGGGCGCAAGAAAUGGACCAACAGGAACAGAAUGAAAAUACGAACGCGACGAUUGAGGCUAGUCCUGGCCAUAGGCCGGGAGGGGUGAAACUGGAGAUCGCGGAGCGGACGCGGACGCUGGAGAUCGUCGGCUUCAGCGUCUCUCUGGCGGCGCUCCUUCUCUCCCUGGCCAUCUUUUGUCGUUUCAGGAGCCUUCGAAACAACCGGACGCGCAUCCACCGGAACCUGUUCGUGGCGAUGGUGGUGCAGGUGGUGAUCCGGCUGACGCUGUACGCCGACCAGGCGGUGGUGCGCGGCGGAGCCGUCGCCGACCCCGUGCUGGCCGCCUCCGUGGGCGACGCGGCGGCCCACCGCCAGGGCAUCGACAACACGCCAGUGCUGUGCGAAGCGUCGUACGUGCUUCUGGAGUACGCCAGGACGUCCAUGUUCAUGUGGAUGUUCGUGGAGGGGCUCUACCUCCACAACGCCGUUACAGUUACCAUGUUCCAAGAGGGCUCGUACCUCCUCGUGUACUCGCUGCUGGGCUGGGGCGUCCCUGUCUUGAUGACUGCUGCUUGGGCUGCGACCACAGCCAUCAAGUACGGUGGCUCCAACAGGUGCUGGUGGGGCUACAACCUCACGCCAUACUUCUGGAUACUCGAGGGACCUCGCCUUGGUGUUAUAGUGUUGAAUUUCUUGUUCCUGCUAAACAUCAUACGUGUCCUGGUGGUCAAACUGCGCCAGAGUCGCACAAGUGAGAUCCAACAACUCAGGAAAGCGGUGCGGGCGGCGGUGGUGCUGCUGCCGCUGCUGGGGAUCACCAACCUGGUCAACAUGGCGGACGCCCCGCUGGACAGGGCCGCCUGGGAGUUCGCGCUCUGGUCCUACGCCACGCACUUCCUCGUCUCCUUCCAGGGCUUCUUCAUAGCCUGCCUCUACUGCUUCCUCAACGGCGAGGUGCGGCUGGCGAUCCUGAAGAGCCUGUGGGUGUACCUGUCGCUGCGCCAGCACCAGCUGGCCACGGCCACGCCGGGCCGCCGCGUGUCC